AUGACACCGGGCAAGGGCACGGGAGGGGAGCACGUCAUGACAGGCACAGGCGACGCGCCAGGGAUAGCAUCACUGGGCACUGAUCUUGAACAGUCAAGCGCGCCAGGGGCUAGGAGCGGUCAAGCGGUGCCAAGCUCAGGGUCGUGGUUGUUGGGCGAGCCUGAUGUGGUGGCUGUGGACGCCAGGCAUGGAUUUUCGCGAGUGCUAGAGGAGGAUUCGUCGAGUAUUUUUGGUGACGAUGAUUCCAAUCAAGCUAUGGCUGAUGUGGUUCUUUUAGGGUCUUUUAUUCCUAUGCUUAUGGUUGUAACGUCAAGUAAAGAUAGCUAUGAAUUUCGCCAUCACUUUAUUAAUUUUAAGUUAUUGCAGAUUGAUGUUUAG